AUGGCGCGAUUAAAUGACGACAGUCAACAAGACGUCGAUUGCACAGAGAUUCUAAGUCCACAACCAUUUGCCCUUCCAGGCAAAGGCUUUCUCGUAUCCUCCCUCGAGCCCAGCGAUGAGCCCUACCCUGCCGAUAAUGCCCAGAUGUCCUCUACCCAAGAAUAUGAAUACAACUCUUCCUCCUCCACCCGCCAUUCAACAAGCGACGUAUUCGGCCGUGAAAUGGACGAUGAACUAGAGCAAAUGAAAUCCAGAGCAUCGAGUCGCUCAUCACUGUCCUCAGUCCCAGCCUCCGUCCUCAUCCACCCAGUCGACAGAAUGAAACGAAUGGCAAACAUGGACGUUCACGAAAAGAUAGCCGGCUACAGAAUAGAAGAGUCCGAAGCGAGCUUCGGCGACUUCAACGACAUACCCGCUAACGUCCGAACCAUCCGCCAGCGCGAAGCCGCCUUCCGAAAACCGAGUUCCGUCAGGGCAAUGCAGAUGCAUACAGAAGAUGAAGCUGAUGACGACGAGUAUCUAACGCCCCCGCGCCGACGACAAGGCCUCCGGUCACGGUCACCUGGCCCAUCACCACUGAAACGUUCACCGUAUUACUCGCCCAAUGCACCGAAACAGCCAAAGUCUAGGAAGGAGGCUCCGCUUGUGUUGUUGCACUGCACCCUGCUCCCGCCGUCCAUCCCAGUACCUGGAGCAUCGGAUCCCAGAAACCAGGAUAUACUGGAAGACGAGCUACCAGCAGAAUACUGGAAGCGCUGGCGGCGACUCCAAGACCGCGUUGGAUCGGGCGUGUUACGCGAUCGCGGUGUGCUAAUCUCGCACCCGGAGGACCUGUACGACAUUCUAGAGGAGAGGUUGUUGGAGAGUCUUGAGCUGCAACGACCACGUUUGCAGAAUGGACACUUUGUGGGUCAGGAGGACCAUAGCUCUGGCUCUGGCUCCGAGGGGGAUUUCUCCGACAUCGGAGAGAGCGAGACGGACGGCGAGCAGGGGGAUGAGUGUCCCGAUUGUGGGAGCCAUGUGCGGCACGGAGACAGUAAUCGCAAAUGGGAGAUUCGGGUGUUUGCUGCGAACGGGCUGAUGCGCGCUGGGGCGUGGGCGGCUGCGUGGCGCGAUAUGGAGAAGGUUGAUGUUGAGGUUGGGCUUUGGUUGCCUUCUGAUGUGCGCCGUGGCCUGGAGAGGAGGCUUGCGGAGGAGCAGAUGGCGGUUGUGCAGCAGGCUCAGAGUCAGAUCCCGCACAUGCAGAUGCAGAUGUCGCCGCUGGUCGAUGGUGGGCAUCAGGUCCCACCCGAGAUUCUGCAGUCACCUAGGCAGAGCCAUGCUCGCAUGAUCAGUGACGUUGGGUCUUCCCGGUCUGAUGAGAUGACGUUUAGGCAGGCUUUCCCUGAAGCUCGAGCUCGGCUCGACCAUGCCCCUGAGCUUGGACGGGAGAAGAAGGAACAUGAGGUUGCCCUUUCCACUCUUUUCGUCAAUUAUAUCCGCGUUCUGGCGGCCGAUAGGCGCCAUAUUGCCCUGCUUCUUCUUAGUAUAUUGGUGGCUUUCCUUGCUACCGGGUCUCGCCAGCAGCAAAUCCCCGUCUACUCCCAUCUUGGUUCUUUUCCACAAGGCUUGUCCCAUGAUAUCCAGCCCUCCUCGGCUAUGCCGAGUUUGAGCGUGUCUCCGUCCAUGUUUCCUUCUGUCUCCCUUGCGAGCUCGGCCAGUGUAAGCGAAGCAAUAGUUAUGAGCUCAGUUAGCCCUGUACGGAAUCCUGAGUUUGUAGCUGCUAGUGAGAGUGAGGUGAUUUCAAUGUCUGAGAUAGUAAAGCCUACUUCUCUGACUGUUGACUCUCUUGAUUCUCAUUCUCAGGCUACAGACUGCGUGGGGCCUACAGAGACUACAGAAGCGCCCCAACUGCUGGAGACCACGCAGCUUCAGCUUGAGGACGGCGCAGACGCUUCUUUGGAUAACACUUUGGACUCUCCCAUUGUGUGUUCAGAGACCUCUCCUUCUUCUAUUGACUCUAUUGAGUCUGCUGUUCUGUCGGCUGUGCCGAUUGAGACCACGCAGACUGAGCCUGAGGGCAACGCACAUAAUCUUCUGGAUAACACCGUGGACUCCAGUGCUGUGCCUGCAGAACCCUCUCCUUCCUCAACUGACUCCGACGAAUCUCCUAUUCUGUCAGGCACGUAUGCAGACAACGAGCAGUCGCGGCUUGAGAGCGAAGCAGAGUCAUUCUUAGAUGACUCUGUUGAACCUCUCACUAUGACUGCAGGGUCUUCUUCUUCCACUGACUCUAUCGAGUCUCCCGUUCUGUUGGAUGUGGCUACGGAGACUGCACAGCCUGAUACUCAAGGCGAAAAAGAAGAGAAAUAUGAAGAAGACGAACAAACAGAUUGA